CAGUUACUUAAACUAAAUCUUACUAAAUCCAUCCACUCACCCAUCCAUCCAUCCAUCCACCCACCCAUCCACCCAUCCAUCCAGCCAUCCAUCCACAGUCAGCAACAAUGGUGACGAGGCUCCGCGGACUCCUACAAUGCCCCACCCUCCUCUCUCGCUCCCUGUACGGGACCCGAGGAGCUGACACCUUCAAGCCCUCUAUGAUCGCUCGUUCUCUCUCCGCCAACGGACGCCCGAAUCAAAUGAAUGCAAAAGCACGAUGUGUACCCACGAACCAAUCACCAGUGUUUGUAUCAUCAAGAUGCCUGUCGUCUGAUGGCGCACCACACACGGGGCUUGUCUCCCCAGACCUCAUCCUGAGGAGUCCUCUGCCAGACAUUACCAUUCCAGAUAUGUGUGUGCAUGAGUUUGUCUUUCAGAAAUGUGAUGAAUUCAGCAACUCCAUUGCAGUGGAGGAUUUCCAUACUGGCGAAAGCUACACGUACGCACAAGUGAAAGAGAACUCGCUCCGACUGGCCAGCGCUCUGCACCGUCUGGGCCUCCGUCAUGGCGAUGUCCUCCUGGCCUUCACCCCCAACACCAUUCACUUCCCUCUGGUCAUGCUGGCCUGCUCGUGCCUGGGGGUCAUGUUCACGGCAGCCAACCCCAGCUUUAAGCCCGCUGAACUGAGACAUCAGCUGAUUGAUUCUGGCGCCACUGCCGUGUUUGCAGACCAGUCCCUGGCUGACACAGUCACACAGGCCGUAGACUGCCCGGAACUGACUGCACGCCAGAUGGUUACGGCUUGACUGAGACUUCUCCGGCCACCAACUUCGACACCGUGGGCAUCACAGGGUCAGUUGGUCCGCUCCUACCCAACACUCUGGCUAAG